UACAGGAAAAUCCUUCCCCCGGGAAACCCAAAGAGAACGAUUGGCGAUCAUGUUCCGCUUACUGUUAAUACACGAAUAUAAGUAGCGAGUACAAAACCCAGUAGUAAUGUAAGUGUAUUGUACAUGUUUGGUUUUCUGUCGGUUAUUUCUCAGGAUCACGGUGUCUCUACCAGUGAUGGAUCCUUUGAACAGUCUGUCCAACUUCGAGUCAGAGAUGGAGUCUGAUGGACAAGGCUCGUAUUCUCUCUUUCCUGCCCUGGACAACAUCUCCAGUCUGGCAGGAGCACCUGAGACUCUGGAAACUGAACCAUCAGGAGAAGUUGUGGACAAGCCGAACCUGACAUGGCUUGAUGCUGCCCAGAUUGUUCUGGAAGAGGCAGGACGUCCGAUGCACAUCAAGGAGAUCAAGCAGAGGAUCAUCGAUCGGGGACUGGUGCAGUCCAACGCGAAGUCGAGCCUCGAGGCUGUGAUGUACCGUGAGACACAGAAAGGGAGCAGGCGCUUCAAGAGGAUUGAGAACAGAAAUGGAGUAUUUGCUCUCUUGACUGAUGAGGAGAGGCAGCAGGCUCUGCAUGCCUUUUCUGCUCAAUCAGCAUUCUCAAGCUCGGGUUCCUCUUUGCCCUCGGGUUCCCCUCACGGUCACUCUGAGCACAGGCCAAAAGCCAAAAAGUCUCUCCGUAAGAACCAGAAUGAGAAGUACCGCCUGAAGUACCUGCGUCUUCGCAAGGCUGCCCGGGCCAUGAUCUUUGAGAACACAGCACUAUCUGAUGAGGUCGCCCGCUUGGAGGAGAAGUUUGUUCGGGCAAAAGAAGAGAGGAGGUUUUUGCUGAAGACUCUUUUGCAGUACCAGUCACUGACAGAAGUUGAGGUCCUCUCAGCCCCUGGAAGCAGUGCUCACACUCCUGCCGCUUUCAGCUCCGGUACAGCAGGGGGCUCUGUUCUACCCACAGGUCAGAGCCAGAGCUCUGGACCUCCAGGGUCUGAUGACAGCUUUCUGAAGAAACCCAAGAAAGAACGAAAGGAAAGAGGGAAGGAGAAUGGAAGAGAAGAAGUGACCAAAAAGAUGUCCAAGAAGAGGAAAGUGGCCGAGGGUGGGACACGUAAACUGGUCCAGCCGAUCCCAUUGGACUCCUCUGGCAGGCCUGUCUUUCCCAUUGUAUUAGGAGGGCUUACUGUCUACAGCCUGGGUGAGAUCAUCACGGACCGACCGCACUUCCACGAUGAAAACGCCAUUUACCCUGUAGGCUUCUGCAGCACGCGAGUGUUCGCCAGCAUGAAGAACCCGGAGCAACAGUGCCUUUAUACCUGUCAGAUUAAAGAUGGCAACCAGGGACCACAGUUCGAGAUCGUGCCUGAAGAUGAUCCACAGAACGCCACUGUGGGCUUGUCAGCUCUGAGCUGCCAUACAGAUCUUCUGAAAGCCAUCGCUGCUAAGAGAGGCAAGCCCUUGACCAACAUCAUCCCCACUGGUGAUGACUUCUUUGGUUUCUCCGACCCGACCAUUCAGAACUUGAUUCAGAGCUGUCCUGGAGCUCGCAAGUGUAGCAAUUAUCAGUGGGUGCGCUUUGAGGUGUGCCGAACAGGAGAAGGCCAGUCCUCUUACAUGCUGUCCGAGGAUGACGCGUCUGUGAAUUUCGAAGCUUUUCAGCGCCUGUUGCACAGGGAGGACGCCGGGGGCAAUCAGGGUCUUCCUAUCGACGUGAACAAUCCAGUGCAGUACACACAACCCAGCUUGCCUUCACAUCAACACUUACUGAGUUCAGCGGCUCUACAGACACCUGCAAGUGGCUCUCUAUCCAGCUCCUGACCAUAUCCCCUGCUACAAGACCUUAUUUAACAUGUUCAAACUGGAGAAUUAAACUAAUUUUUCAUUUUUCAA